AAAAUCAGAAAUGUGGAUGAUGCGAUGCUCUGCUGCGGUGCUCAUUUACAGAUUAAUGUAUGCACCCAGGGGAGGGACUAGUUCGCUCGUAUUUGUAACGUAGGGACUGUCAUAAGACUUCUCCAUCGGCCGAAUAGCAAGAGAAAUCCUCUUCUAAGAGCUUUGCGUCAUGGAAGAUAGGCUACAUUUUCAUAUCCACUUCUCAUAAACACCAGUGAAUAAAAACAUUAACGGAGCUUUUAUUUUCUCAGACAAGAAACCAUAUCAUUCCUCAAGACGCCGCGAGAUCACAUUUCCUACAUCUACGGUGGUAUGCAUUUAUGUAGGUCACUGAACUCGAGCCUACUUUACUCUGUGACAUGACCUAAAACCCUGAAGUCCCCUGAAACCCAGCUACUGGACCUUAGCUACAGGAAUAGUGUGUCCUGAUCACAUCUACUACUCUCCCACCAGACCCUGUACCUCCUGAGACAAUGUGAAUGUGGACUGGGUUGUGGGUACAGAAUCCCAAGGGGCCAGUCAGGAAGAGAAUCAGACCUUCUGGCUGCUAUGGACUAUUGGAUGAACUCCUACUGAAUCCAGUCAGCUCUGCUUUUAAACUGAGCGGGGUGGUGGUUAUCAAACUCGCCUCCUCCUGCUCUUCCGAAUCAAUUACCGUCCUUCGGGGCCCAGAGGAGAUCCCUCCCCUAGGCGCAUCGCCCUAGGCACCGCAGCGCUGUCAGGCCGUGGCCGCCCGGGACCUUGGGUGUUGUGGAGGACCCUUUGCUUGGGGUCGAGGCCCCCUUUCUUCUGUACCACCCCAGGGCUUCCGUGGCUACCAUGGCCACUGCCUGGGGGGUGGUCUCUACUCGUUUCGCUACGAGCAGGUUGCAGGAGGACCACAGUGCUUCCUUCAGACACGUGAGGGUGGGCCAGAGCUUGGUGAAGGCUUUUUAUGGAAUAGGCCUUCGGCCCACCCCAUACAGCACGAGCUGGGGCGUUAGAUCCUCCCCUGCUGGCAGACACGGGGAGAUCAGGGGGCCUGCUUCCUUCCACAGCUCCCUGGCGGCUCUGCACUCCCAGAGCAAGUGCCUCACCGACUCCUCUUGGUCUCAGCCUGGUCGGGGCACGUGGAUAUCCUCGCCAUGCCCCGGGAGUGCAUAACGGCCCUGACCGGGAGGAUCUCGUGGGCGACCAUAUAUAUAUAUACAUACAUACAUAACAUACAUACAUACAUACAUACAUACAUACAUACAUACAUACAUACAUACAUACAUACAUACAUACAUACAUACAUACAUACAUACAUACAUACAUACAUACACAUAUUUGUUUUAUACCUCUUCUACAUAGAAAUUGACAUUAUAGGUCAUUAACCAAUCACAAGCAGAGGGAGUAAGUACCCUUUGAAUCUAUUUUCCCAUACACUGUCUUGGUGGUGCUCAUAACUACUAUCAUAACUGCAAAAUUAGCAGUGUAACCACUCUGGAAAUGUAAUGUCCUUGUAGAGUAUAUUGUUUAAAACAAUGUCUAUAAAAUGUUUUAUUUUGAAUAAAUUAAUGUAAUAAAAUUGGAUUUCAGAAUCCAGACAUACUCCAUAUUUUAGAGCACAGUAUACAGAGUAUAAUGACACAAUGAUGUUGUCUGUAUCAUGUACGGUUAACAGAUCAGGAGGCAUGUGUAUAGGUUUAAAAAGGGCCACUUUCAUCAUGAUUUUCUCUGAAUUGGUUUGUGAUAGAAAUGUAAAAAGCAUGACAAGCAUCAUUCCUCCCAAUGAAGUUUCUAUGUGAGAAUUGCCAGAACAAUCUGAGAUAACCCAAAACAAUGUGGGUCUUCCUGGCGUGGAAUCACCCUUCUUGUUCAUUGGCUCUAAUGGACAGGAAGGAAAAACCUCUCAAAUCUGAAAGCUCCUGUACAUCACAAUGGUGUUGUUUCUGAUUGCAAAUACAAUAACCUUGAAUAACUCCUUUCAUGAGAACCAGACUUCAGAAAACCCCACCCCCCAGGGUGCCCAUGUCCUUCCCUCUACGCUGAUCUCUCUUCUUCUCAUCAUCAUCAUUCUCCUGACAGUAUACUUCCUAAGGUUUAGAAACCACAGGAAGGCUCUUGUCUCUCAGAAGACUCCAAAUGGCUUCUUGGAAGAUCAAGGAGAGCAGACAGUGGUCCUCCUCCCACGAUCCCCCUCUCCAUCCAAGAGGUACUUCCCCAUCCCCAUGGACUCGCUGGAGGACGAGUUCCGAAUACGCUCGGCAGACGACUGCAAGCUUUUUAGAGAGGAGUUCAAUUCACUGACCUGUGGCUACCACCACGGCUCCUUUGAGGAGGCUAGCAGGGAGAUCAACAGGGACAAGAACAGAUAUCCAAACAUCCUACCAUAUGACCAUUCCAGAGUGUUGUUAACGCAAAUAGAUGGGCAUUCUUGUACGGACUACAUAAAUGCCUCAUACAUAGAUGGUUAUAAAGAGAAGAAAAAAUUAAUUGCAGCUCAAGGCCCAAUGCACGACACAGUGGCUGACUUCUGGCGGAUGAUUUGGGAACAGAAGACUGCCACUAUAGUGAUGCUCACUAACCUGAAAGAGAGAAAAGAGGACAAGUGUUACCAGUACUGGCCAGACCAGGGCUGUUGGAUGUAUGGGAAUGUGAGGGUGGCAGUGGAGGACUUUACUGUACUGGUGGACUACACCAUCCGCAAGUUCUGUGUACAAUAUCAGGGGAAUGAUGGCCCAAGGGCCCCCCGCUUGGUCACCCAGCUCCACUUUACCAGCUGGCCAGACUUUGGGGUGCCCUUCUCCCCUAUCGGCAUGCUCAAGUUCCUCAAGAAGGUGAAGACAGUCAACCCGUCCUAUGCAGGACCCAUCGUGGUACACUGCAGUGCUGGGGUAGGUAGGACUGGGACAUUCAUCGUCAUAGACGCCAUGAUUGACAUGAUGCAUGUGGAGAAGAGGCUGGAUGUCUUUGGGUUUGUGACCAGAAUACGGGAGCAGCGCUCUCAGCUCGUCCAGACCGAUAUGCAGUACUCGUUCAUCUACCACGCCCUGUUGGAGUAUUAUAUGUAUGGGGACACAGAGCUGGAUGUGUCCUCUCUGGAAGGCCACCUGCAGAAACUCCACAACACCAGAACACCCCUUGACAAGCUGGGCCUAGAGGAAGAGUUCAGGAAACUGACCAAUGUACGCAUAAUGAAGGAGAACAUGAGGACUGGAAACCUUCCUGCAAACAUGAAGAAGAACCGUGUGCUUCAGAUUAUUCCAUAUGACUUCAACCGGGUUAUAUUAUCAAUGAAAAGGGGCCAAGAGUUCACAGACUACAUCAAUGCAUCAUUUAUUGAUGGAUACAGACAGAAGGACUACUUCAUCGCUACCCAGGGUCCCCUGUCUCACACGGUGGAGGAUUUCUGGAGGAUGGUGUGGGAGUACAGGUGUCACUCUAUCGUCAUGCUCACUGAACUCAAGGAGAGGGAACAGGACAAGUGUUUCCAGUACUGGCCAGCAGAGGGCACUGUGACAUUUGGAGACUACACUUUGGAGCUGAAGGGGGAUGCACUAUGUGACACUUUCACUCUGAAGGACAUGGUGCUCACAUAUGGACCAGAAAAGCAGUCACGGCACGUCAGGCACUUUCAUUUCCACGGCUGGCCUGAGAUCGGAAUACCGGCAGAGGGAAAAGGAAUGAUCGACAUCAUUGCUUCAGUACAGAGACAGCAACAACAGUCUGGAAACCACCCUAUUAUAGUACACUGCAGUGCUGGUGCGGGUCGGACCGGUACAUUCAUCGCCCUGAGUAACAUUCUGGAGCGGGUGAAAGCAGAGGGCCUACUGGACGUGUUUCAGACAGUCAAGAGCUUACGCAUGAAGAGACCACACAUGGUUCAGACUGUGGAACAAUAUGACUUCUGCUACAGAGUGGUUCAAGAUUUUGUUGACAUUUUCUCAGACUAUGCCAAUUUUAAAUGACAAUAUCUGCUAUAUACCCAUGUAUAUUUCCAUGUAACAUAUGCAAUUUUGUCAGAACCUUCUUUUCUAAGCUCUUUCAAGCUCUUUUUACACUUUGCACUUACCCACAAUACUUAAACAUAUUGUACCAUAUUUUAUUAUACAGGUAACUGCAAAAUAAGGAAAUGAGGGAUACAAAGUAUAUUGAAAGCAGGUGCAUCCACACAGGUGUGGUUACUGAGUUAAUUAAGCAUCCCAUCAUGUUUAGGGCCAUGUAUAUACAUCCAUUAUUUUGGCUACCAUGGCUAUGGCCCUAUAGGAUGACAAUGCCCCCUACACAGGGCAAGAGUGGUCACUGAAUGGUUUGAUGAGCAUAAAAACAAUGUAAGCCAUAUGCCAUGGCCGUCUCAGUCACCAGAUCUCAACCCAAUUGAACUUAUGUGAGAUUCUGGAGCGGCACCUGAGACAGCAUCUUCCACCACCAUCAACAAAACACCAAAUUAUGGAAUUUCUUGUGGAAGAAUGGUGUCGUUCCAGACACUUGUAGAAUCUAUGCCAAGGUCCAUUGAAGCUGUUCUGGCUCGUGGUGCCCAACGCCCUACUAAGACACUUUAUGUUGGUGUUUCCUUUAUUUUGGCAGUUACCUGUAUAUGAUUGCUUGUCUGUCUGUUUGUUAAAAAGAGCCCAAAUUAACAUUUAUUAUUAUCUCUAUUUAGUCACGGACGUUUCAACUAGCUUUGUCUCCUCAGCAUUUGUAUGUCAAAUGUUUUGAAUUGAAAACGUAAGGCCAAAACCGGUGUGAAGGGUUUAAUUGAAUAGGAUCUCGGACUCAAGACAAUACUGAAAUGUAUGUUAAUAUGUACAUACUGUGUGUAUUAAUUAACUUAUGCAUAUAAUCUUUUUCUAUUUAUAUAAUGUAGAAUUUUAUGUACAUUUUGAGUUUUACUGAUAGUCUAUGCUGAGAAAAUGACCAUGAGAUUGCCUUUCGUUGUCUGUGGUCUGUACUGUAGCCAUGACACAUUCUGUAGAACUCCUGCUGUUGUAAAAAUACACAACCUGUCAUUAGAGUUUGUGACAAGUGACUUAACAAAUUAACAUUCAGUAUUUGGUGUGUAUGUUGUCUGUUUCAUCAUAACAGUCUAUUGAGUAUCAAAUGGAAAACAAUCCAUUUGGACAACUUUGAAUUGCCAUCUGUUUCAAACAGCAAUUUUGAUCUGACCUCACUAACAAAUGGCUGUUCAUAUGGACACGGUUGUAAUAACUUUUGUACAACUUUUUUUUAACUAUAUUGGACCUACCAUUUCAGCAUUUGCAUGUUUGAAUGAAACAGUGCCAUACGAAGAUUAGAAAAAUGUUCUGAUCAAGUUAAAAUUGUCACCAAGUGACUUCAACUUCAAUAUACACAAAAUGUGUAUUGAAUGUAUAGAGUUCUCAACUAGAAAAGUGUAAUUUAGAGCCAGGCAGCAAUUUUCCACUUGGUAAGUAUUUAUAGCCACAGUGCUCUCAUAUCACUAAAUAACUGGGUUAUUGAUAAUAGUAAUUGAUUCAUGGAAGUUUCAGGAAGAUUGUGCUGUAGUUUACUGUGAAAUCUAUAUUUUAGCAAUGGUCAUAAAUAAAUAGAAUUUAAAUUCAAAUUACCCGGUUACCCAGUUAUUAAGUGUUAAGGCACUCCACAGGGCUAUCCUUUUCAUGCCAAAGGUACAUUUAUGGAUUCAUAGCCUGUUAGGUAAAGAUACAAGUGUAAGGAUUAUGUAAUGACAUAAGGGUCAGAACAUUUAGAAUCAGUCUUGUGUACAGAGUAUGAAAUUGAGGCAUAAUGUAGCGCUCAAGCAUCUUGUUCCUUGGCAUAUCUCUUGUUCCUUGGCAUAUCUCUUGGCAUAAGUCUGUAUGAAGUUAACAUUUCAUUUGUAAAAUCUGUCCGCAAUAAAUGCAUUGAAAAUAAACAAAUUUGCCAUUAA